UGACAGACCUCUGGUUCUGUUGCAUACAAGAGCCUCCAAAAGAGCUCCACCGAAGCUCGAACUGCUUCUGCGAUGGCUGAAAUCUCAGAAACUUCGCAAGACGCUUCCGACAAGAAGAAGUCGGAAAUAUCUGAAAAAUCAGAGUCCGCUUCCGACUUCGACCCCAAAACCAUGCGAAAGACCAAACCUGGAUUGAAGCGCCUCGUCCUAACUAUAACUCUUUUCUUCUCUUUCCUCUUAGGUUUGCCAUUCUUGCUGAAAUCCAUAGAGAUCUACCGAUCACCUCUCCCAUUUCGCGACAUCGAUUCACUAUCAACAUCCAUCGAAUCGAAUCCAUUGCUAUUCCCUUGUCAAUUCCAAGCAGUAUUUGUAGAUUUCGAUCAUAGAACUUCCACUAAGUUAAACGCAGAAGAAUUAGGGUUUUCAAUUCUUGAUCACAUGCGAAGAUUCACUGGCGACGAAACUGUUUGUGGUACUUGCGGUAACAAUUACAGUGUCUCGGUGACCCUAGACUCCAGUACUAGUUGUAUUCGCAACCAAAAUGUUGAUUCUGCAUGCUCUUGGAAAUGUGGCGCAUUGAAUGAAUUUAAAGUACAUAGUGAUUUGAAGGAUGAUGAGGUUCUUGAUGAAUAUUUAGAGUCUGUUUUGGGGGAAGGUGAAGAUUGUUCGGGUUUAGGUGGCAAGGUUUAUACUGUGGUGGUGGUGAAUCGGGAUGAUGAGGUUAAGGCUGUGGUUGGGAAGCAUCGGCAUGCUUGGAUUGUUGGAAAGGUUUCGGAGGUUGAUGUGGUAGAGAGGAUUGCUGAGAUUUUUGUUAAGAUCUUUGUGAAUGGUGGGAAAGAAGAAGGGGCAAUUCAUGGGGAGUUUAUGCCUGUGGGUGCUGAUGGGAGGCUUGUUCUUUCUUUCAAUUUGUUGAAUGCUGAUCCCAGCGAUUGGAUUUAUGUCUGGGAUUUUCAAAUGAUAGAUGAGAUUCUGUUGUCUCCUAUUAUUGAGGCUUUGGGAGCUGUGGCAAAUAUAAGUGUGGAAAGUCAGGUUUUGUACCACACUCCGAAGUCCUCAUUUUCUUAUUGGGAUGACAAACACGAAAGCUUCGUUUUUAGUACAAAAGAUCUGCCUUUCUUUGUAAAUUCAAAUGAGUGGCACUUGGAUACUUCCAUUGCAGCAGGCGGGCGGUCAAAGAUUUUGCAAGUUGUGGUAUACGUACCAUCUGAAAAGGAGUGCCCGCUUCUUUUACAGCUUCCAAAUGGAGAGGUUUCCAAGACAAAUGGUUUUAUUUCUCCGAUGUGGGGAGGUGUUAUUGUUUGGAAUCCCCCAGGCUGUUUGAGGGACUCAGAAAGUAUGCGUCCUCUCAGGCGUAAAAUUCCCCCUCAGGACCUUCAGAAUAUUUUUGAAGUUUUUAUGGGGCAGUUACGACAACUUUUUGGUCUUAAAUCUGACAACCUUUAUGUUGGUGCAUCCGGCACAUCCAUCAUUUUAGCCAGUGAAAGAGGCUUUACAGAAUGGGAAUUGGAUGUGUUAUCGCGGCAGCAUACUUGUUUUAACCUUGUUUCAUGUGCUACCACCCUUGGAUCACUUUCUCGACUGGUCCAAUCACUUCCAAGGAUGAUUAUCAUGGAUGAGAUAGGAAAACAGGUAAGGUAUUCUCUCCAGGAUGCAAAAUUAGCUCAAAGUAAUGCGUCUCUUGGAAUGUUGGAUGCUUCGGCUGUGUCCUCAAGGCAAGCUAGAUCAUUGGCAGAGGAUGCCUUUUUUCACCCAUCCAUAAUGUCUGUUAGCUACUUCUCAGUUGAGCAUUGCUUUGCUGUCUACUCGCCAUUCUUUCUACCAGUUUCAUUGCACGUCCUUCUUGCAACUGCGAAAGAAUGGAAAAGGUACAAGCAAGAAAGGAGUAAGUAUCUAGCAUGGAAAGCCAAAGCUAGAAUCUGAAUAUUUCAUAAAUUAUGUUGACAUCAAGCAAGGCUGUGAUAUGUGGAGUGAGAGAUGUUGAUGUCAAAUAGGCACGUUAACCAUUGCGACAUAGGGGUAUAAGCUUCUGGUGCUGCUAUUUGAAAGAUAUGAUUCAGUGUCAUCUCUUACCAUCUCUCAGAUCCAAAGAUAAUGCUGGCCGUUAUGAUUAGAAUUACUGACAGAUGUUGCCACUGUAUUUUACUUUAGAGUGGUGAAAAGGUUGGUGAACAUUUGGAUUUUAUGUGAGCUGUUGGUUUGUUGUGAAUGUAAAAACGCACCAUGUCCGUUGGAUCUUGUUUGUUACUUGGUUCAAUGGUAAGAGAUCCAUCGGAGGAUGAGAAUUUGUGCGCUGCUACAUGCAUAUCUACGGUAUACAAUUUUCAAGAAGUCCUAUAGCAACUGUAUGCAUAUGUAUUGAUAGACUCGUGACUAAUGUAAUGCCAAUUUUUGAAGUUGGAAUGCAGAAUUUUAUGAGAAGAAA